AUGAACUUCAAUGAAAUCCGACCCCGUCUCGCGGUUGUUCUUUCUCUAACAGCACUCGGCGGAGUGGUCGCAUAUCUCGGACAUCGUCGCCUCGCCCGGUCGUGCCGCCGGAUCGCUGUCACGGAGCUCCCAAAAGCGAGCGCAUGUCGCAAACUUGUCGAAAAAACAGGAGAACAGAUAUCUCAAACUCCAUGGGGAGCUGACGCGUCAACCCUGCUAUCCCCGUGGUCGGGCGGAGCCAAAACACACUGGAUCUCAUCUUUCACUGCCCUUCAAGUCGAGGUACCGGUGUCCCUUCUUCUAGGGUAUGGCGAGUCCCGUGAUCCAAAUGACACCGAAAAGAGUGACGACACAUAUGAGCUAAUGAGGAACUUUCUUGCUGCAUUUCUGGAUGGACGAGCCACUGGGCCCGAGUCAUUUGUUUUGGACAAAGACGUCCCGUCCCUGUCUCUUAGACCUGGCAGUCUGUUAUUCGGAAGACAAUCCGGUCUUGGGGCAUUUUUGCUUUGA